AUAAGCUUAUCAUAAUCUUAGUUGUAUUAGAAGUUUAUCUAUUAUACUAAUAGAAAAGGAAAUUUACUCUACUAUAUAUAUAUAUAUAUAUAUAUAUACAUGUCUAGAUGUGGCAUUGAUAUAACGAUUAGAGAAGUUUAGUUUUGAGCAUAGUUUCUAAAACAUUCAAUAAAAGAGAGCAAGUUCUUUACGAUAUUCAAGCUACUUUAUACGAGAUGUCCGAUCUUCCAAGGGAGAUGGAGGAGGAGGUGCUCUCUAGGCUUCCGGUGACGUCUCUUAUAGACUUGCGAUCAACCUGCAAAACUUGGAACACUUUAACGAAACGCGAGAGCUUUUUAAAUAGACACGUCUUUGAAGAAGAAGAAGCAGCACCAGCAAAGAAGAAGAAGCGGAGGAAGGUGGUGAUGAUGCAGGAGCAUAGAGUUUACUUGAUGAACGUCGAUCUCCUCUAUCCAUCUAUAGAGCGUAUAGGUAAUCUCGACGCAGAUGGAAUCGACAUAUCUAAUAUCUUUCACUGCGACGGUUUAUUCUUAUGCACCACCAAAGACACCAGGCUCGUUGUCUGGAACCCUUAUCUGGGACAGACAAGGUGGAUCGAACCCAGAACUUCUUACCACAGAUGGGACAGGUAUGCUCUCGGACACGAGAAGAAGAAAAGGCACAAAGUCUUGAGAUUUGUGAAUAACUACGACCCGAGUGUGAAGCACAGAGUUUGCGAGUUUGAGAUCUUCAGUUUAGACUCUAAUUCAUGGAGGGUCAUUGAUGAUGAUUUGACUCCGGACUGGACUGUUUCUUUUCUUCACCGUGGUUUGUCUCUGAAGGGCAACACUUACUGGUACGCUCAAGAGAAGCUCGAUUUAAACGGUCCACCAGAGAUUAAAGAGCUCCCUGAUUUCCUCCUCUGUUUUGAUUUUACAACGGAGAGGUUUGGUCCGCGUCUUCCUCUGCCUUUCAACGCUUUCUUCGGAGACAUUGUGACUCUUUCUAGUGUUGGAGAAGAGCAGCUUGCGUUGCUAUUGCAGAGAUGCACGUCACCUGCAUUCACUGUCAAUAUAUGGAUUACUAGUAAGAUUGAGCCCAAUGCAUGCUCGUGGAGAAACGUGUUCUUAUCUGUUGAUAUGAAACCACUCAUUGGUACUUUGUUUUCGGUGUUCGGUGGGAGUUUCUUCGUUGACGAGGAGAAGAAAGUGGCUGUGGUUCUUGAUAAAGACCGUGGUAAAUCUUGUCCCCCCACACGCAACAUUGCUUGCAUCAUUGGAAACAAUGGAUACUUUAAACAAGUGGAUCUUGGUGAAUCUAUAGGCAAAUGGUGUUACUCAAUUGUGUGCCCGUAUGUUCCAAGCUCAUUGCAAAUCACUAGGCAACUAGAGGAACACACACCCUAAUCCAUUAAAUU